AUGGAGAAUUCCACGCGCCAAAAAGGCGACAAUUCCACCGAAGAGGUUGUUGUGGCCAGCCCAGUGAAACGUAAGGAACUUGUCGAAAUAGGCACGAAAGUCAAGAAAAUCAUUUUUAAUGGCACACUGGAGAAGGUCUCAUUCGUGCUCGAUGGAUCUCUCGAGACUGGAAGUACUGUCAUUCUUCAGAUGCCCUUCAGCGGUCGGAUUUCUGACAAUCUCACUGGUCUUUUCUUCACCAGUUACAUGAGAAGCGAUGGCCAGAGCAGGUUCGUAGCACUCACGGAUGUCCAGCCAGGAUCAGCUCGUGAACUAUUCCCAUGCUUCGACGAGCCUCGUUUCAAAGCCCCUCUAUCGUUGACUGUUCUCCAUCCAAAAGGUACCGUAGCAAGAGCGAAUGAGAUGGAAUCUAGUGAUGCACAGAUGACAUACGAUCCAUUGUGGCUGAGAACAUCUUUUGAUGUUACGCGGUCGUUGCCCACAUCGUUGACAGGACUAACUCUGACCGACUUCGAGAAAGCAGAAAGGACUACUGACACUGGAACAAAGAUCAGAGUGUACUCACGCCCAGAAGCCAUCAACUCAACGGAAUUCGCGUUGGAAACUUCAGAGAAGGUGUUCGAAUUCUUUCAGAGCUACCUUGCCGUUCCUCCCAGAUGCACAAAAUUAGAUUUGUUUGCUCUUCCUCAUUUGGAGAAGACAGCGAUGAGUGGUGAUGGAUUGAUUCUGGUUCGGGAAGACGGUCUCCUUUACGAAUCCCA